ACAGUCCUGUUUUCCCAGUACAUGUCCUGUUCAUUAUUUUCCCCCUCAAUAGUAGGCUAUAUUAUAGGACCGGCUGAUGUAGGCGAUUUCAGGUUUUACUAUGCUUGUGGAGACAUAUGAUCCCAACAAUGUUUCAAAAAUCGGAUCAAAAUCUAAACUAUGAUCAAAAAAAAGUCUUUAUAAAUGUAUUUUUUCUCCUUAGGCUGCUAUGCAAUCAAGAGGAUAAAAGUUAUUAUAUUCAAAUGUAAUUUCUCUUUUAGGCUACUUGUUUGCAUAAUGCCCUUAACAAAACUGUGCUGUUCCAUGUUGAUGAUGGUUCUAGGUUAUUUGUACCAUGAUAGCCUACUUUUUGGCACAUAACAUGCACGUCUUAUGCUGUUAGGUAAUAAACCACAGCGCAGACUGACGAACUAUACUUCUAAAAACUGACAUCACUCCAUCGUUUUAUUUAAUAUCAAUUGUUGGCCCUUUACAUUCCACAACACUGAACAUGUACGCGUGCGCCGGGUGAGCAUGAUUCCACAGAGAUGCAAUGCCUCAUACGCGUGGCGCAGUGAGCGCACAGAAUAGUUCCUUUGAGUUUGUCAAAGCCACGCGCCCGGCGCACGAAGCCCGAGCAGGGGAUUCAUGCAUGGGGCGGGGUCUUUCUUUGGGAGCGUGCGGCCCGAAAGGGGGUGGAGGUGUGGCGCACGUGUAGAAAAGGGAGAGCAAGUUGCUUUCCCCUCAAAUCAUUUGCCGAACAGGUGUAAGUUAUCGCUUCUUGCGAGCCACGCGAAAGGCACGAGAGCGGCGCAUUACUUGCAAACUCCUUACCUCAUCUAUUUAUCUAUUUAUUUGACGCGACAUGGAGGCAACUGUCAUCGCGAAGACGCAAAUAACGCAAGACUCGUUUUAUCAGCCGUUUUCGGAGACCCUCCUGCCUCAUGCGAAGCAGGACAUGGAGUGUAAAGUGCUGAAGAGACAGCGCUCGAGCAGCCCAGAGUUACUCAGGUGCAAGAGGAGACUGACCUUCAACGGACUCGGCUAUACUAUCCCUCAACAGCAGCCCAUGGCGGUGGCCAGACGGAACGAGCGCGAAAGAAACCGCGUCAAGCAGGUGAACAUGGGCUUCCAGACGCUUCGCCAGCAUGUGCCGAAUGGAGCGGCGAACAAGAAGAUGAGCAAAGUGGAGACGCUGCGCUCGGCAGUGGAGUACAUCCGAGCGCUUCAGCAGCUGCUGGACGAGCACGACGCCGUGUCUGCUGUGUUGCAGUGUGGUGUCUCGUCUCCAUCGGUCUCCAACGCGUACUCCGCGGGCACGGAGUCACCUCGCUCUGCGUACUCCUCUGAUGAAGGCAGCUAUGAGCCUCUCAGCUCUGAGGAACAAGAGCUGCUGGACUUCACCACAUGGUUCGACAGAUAUGAAUCAGGUGCUUCACUGACCACUAAAGAUUGGUGCUGAAUGGACAGCACAUGACCAGUACCGGUUGGAGAUACGUUGUCUGCUGGUGCCUGUGAAGAAUCAGAGUUCAUUGACUGAGCACUGGACACACAGAGGGCCAUUUCCAGCAAU